CGCAUGUGCGGGACCAGCGGCCGCCGGUACCCAGACGAUUCCAUGGACCGCGAGCUAUGGCGGAGACGGAAGCGACCCUGCUGCGCCAGUUUCCGCUAUUUCUGCCCCAGAACCGGGCGAAAACCGUGUAUGAAGGCUUCAUUUCGGCUCAGGGAAGAGAUUUCCACCUUAGACUAUUGCUGCCCAAAGAUUUGCAGCUGAGGAAUGCAAGAUUACUGUGUAGUUGGCAGCUGAGAACAGUACUUAAUGGAUAUCAUCACGUAGUACAACAGAGAAUGCAGCAAUCUUCUGAUCUGGUGAGUUUUAUGAUGGAGUUGAAGAUGAUUUUGGAAGUUGCUUUAAAGAAUAAAAAAGAACCACAUGUACUAUCUCCUCCUCCCAAGUUCUACUCAAGCCUUAUUGGAGAGAUAAGAACUCUUGGUUGGGAUAAGCUUGUGUCUGUGGAUCCUUGCUUUAGUACCAUCAAGUUAAAAGCAGAUGUUUCUGGUAGAGAGCAUCUAAUCACCGUCAAGUUGAAGGCGAAGUACCCUGCAGAAUCACCAGAUUGUGUUGUGGAUUUUCCUGUUCCAUUUUCUGUUUCCUGGACACCACAGAGCUCCUUAAUAAGCAUUUAUACUCAGUUUUUGGCAGCAGUGGAAUCACUGAAGACAUUCUGGGAUGUUAUGGAUGAAAUUGAUGAGAAGACUUGGGUACUUGAGCCAGAAAAACCUACACGGAGUGCUACAGCACGCAGAAUUGUAUUAGGGAAUAACGUUUCAAUAAAUAUAGAGGUAGACCCCAGGCAUCCCACUAUGCUUCCCGAGUGCUGUUUUCUUGGAGCUGACCAUGUGGUAAAACCCCUGGGAAUUAGGCUGAGCAGAAACAUACAUUUGUGGGAUCCAGAAAACAGUCUGUUACAAAAUUUGAAAGAUGUUUUAGAAAUUGACUUUCCAGCUCGUGCUAUCCUGGAAAAAUCUGAUUUUUCUAUGGAUUGUGGGAUUUGUUAUGCCUAUCAACUUGAUGGUGCCAUUCCUGAUCAAGUGUGUGAUAAUUCACAGUGUGGCCAGUCUUUCCAUUAUAUAUGCUUAUAUGAGUGGUUGAGAGGACUACUGACUAGCAGACAGAGUUUUAACAUCAUAUUUGGUGAAUGUCCGUAUUGUAGUAAGCCAAUUACCUUGAAGAUGUCUGGGAGAAAAGCCUGAAAUAAGAAUGCAGCAGUCCUGUGAAGAGCCAGAAACUUAAAUUAUCAAAACGAUUUUAUUUGAUAACUUCAGAGAAAAUAUAAAGCAAGACAUACUAAUAUCAAAAGAAAAAUAAUGGUGAAGCUGUAAUAAUAUAUAUCCACUUUUAUCUCUUCACUAAAUGUAAACUGGGACACUGCAAACCAAAAUCCUGUAGAACUGUCUAAUUCUGUGACCUCCAUACCAGUUGUAGAAGUGUUUGUGUACCAAGAUGGGGAGCUUGACUUGUUGAACAUAUCUGGAUUGGUAAAAUCUUGAUGGGGUUCAUAACAUGAAUUUGGGAAUUGUAUACAGCUGGAUUUGUGUGGAGAACUUUUUACAUCAUUUUGAAAUUCUUGAGACUCACAAUAUUUUUGUCUUCUUCUUGUGCUUUCCUAUGAGAAAAUACAUAUUUAUUACAUGUUAGGUUUGAGUUAUCCAAGUACUUUAGUGUACUCUUUAAGAAUGCUAAAUAAAAUGUGUUACA